GUCUGGCAACUAGUAUAUCGAUAACCAUAAUUUUGAAGGAUGCUCGAGCUGCUGGCUGCUGUACAUCUGCUGAGGCUGAAAGAUUUAUUGAGCAGAAGAGAAAGAUGGAAGCUGAAGAAACAGCCCGUGGAGUGAAGGAGAGUUGCCAGGCUGGUCUGAGUGGUAAAUUCCUCCAAAGGGCAAAUAAUCUCAAAGGAGAACUUGAUAGCAGUGCUCAGGGAGGUGUCACAGAUAUAGAUUCUGGUGGCAAGGACUCUUCUUCAACAACUGCAGGACUAGCUAUUUCAAACACCUUAAACAAUUGGGAUGUAACGGUUUUUGUGGGGGCUAAUUUACUCUCUGAAGCUGUAAGAAUGCUGCUUGCACUUUCUAUGUCUAUAACCUAUAAAAGUUGUUUGCUCCUUUGGGACUCCGAUACAAUGCUUUUCUGGGUAAUUAUUGGAUAUUAUAGUGGUCUAGGCCCCAAUAGACAAUGUCACGAAUGA